AGAGACAUGUCUUAUAUCAAACCCCAACACAACAGAGCUUGGAUGUGACCAUGCAGCUUCAAUUUGAUUCUCAGAUUUUCAUGUCUAUUGUGUUUCUUUGUUUUGUUGGGUUGUUAUGUUAUUUGUAUAGUUCUUUUGUGGAGAAGCCAAAUAGGCUUCGUUCUAAGCUAACGAAGCAAGGUAUCAGUGGCCCACCUUCAACUAUUCUGCUUGGCAAUAUUUUGGAGUUACAGAAAGCUCGCUCUGCCACUUCAAAGUCGUCUUCUUCUUCUUCAAAAGUCCCUUCCUCUCACAACUGUGCUGCUCUUCUCCUUCCACUCUUUGAUAAAUGGACAAACGAAUAUGGUCAAGUGUUCAUGUUUUCUCUUGGAACCAUUCAAAUAUUGUGNGUGAACCAACCNGACAUAGUGAGAGAGGUNACUGUCUGCACAUCCNUGGACUUGGGGAAGCCUGCAUAUCAACUGAAACACAUAGGGCCUUUGNUGGGUCAAGGCAUUUUAACUUCCAAUGGGACUAAAUGGGUUCAUCAAAGAAAGAUCAUAGCUCCAGAACUAUACAUGGAAAAGGUUAAGGGAAUGAUGAAUAUAAUUAGCGAGUCUGCUGUAUCUGUUGUAAAUUUGUGGAGUAAUAGAAUAGAAGCAGAAGGUGGAGUUGCUGACAUCAAAAUUGACGAGUGCCUGAGAAACUUCUCUGGGAAUGUUAUUUCAAGAGCAUGCUUUGGAAGCAAUUACACCAAGAGUGAAGAGAUUUUCUUGAAACUCACAGCUCUCCAAGAGUUACUGUCCUGGACAAAUUUAUUCAGACGAAUCCCUGGCACGUGCUACCUUCCAACAAAGACUAAUAGAGAAAUAUGGACAUUAGAAAAGGAGGUGAAAGAAAUGAUACUCCAGGUGGUGAAGGAAAGAAAGGAAACUACUUUUGAGAAGGACUUGCUGCAAAUGNUUCUUGAAAAUGUUAAGGACAGUGAGCUAAGUAAAGANGCCAUUGACNAUUUCAUCGUUGAUAACUGCAAGAAUAUAUACUUGGCAGGCUAUGAGACAACUGCAGUUUCUGCUACAUGGUGCCUGAUGCUGCUGGCCGCAAACCCAGAUUGGCAAGAUCGUGUUCGUGCUGAGGUGAUAGAAAUUUGCAGGGGUAGAAUCCCAGAUUUUAGUAUGCUUGGUAAGAUGAAGCAGCUAGGAAUGGUUAUUCAUGAAGCAUUGCGGCUUUAUCCACCUGUGACUGUGGUGUCAAGAGCGGCCUUGAAGGACAUGAAAUUUGGGAAUCUUGAUGUUCCAAAGGGGUUUAACCUUUGGAUAAUGGUAGUAAGUUUGCACACAAAUCCUGAUAUAUGGGGAGAUGAUGCCUACAAAUUCAAGCCAGAAAGAUUUGCCAAUGGAACCACAGGCUGUUGUAAGUUUCCACACGUGUACAUGCCCUUUGGGGCUGGUCCACGAGUGUGUCUUGGACAGAACUUGGCUAUUGUGGAACUUAAGAUGAUCAUUGCUCUCAUAUUGUCCAAAUUCACUUUCUCACUCUCUCCACGCUAUGUUCAUUCGCCCACUCUCAGGUUGCUCAUAGAGCCUCAGCAUGGAGUCAAUAUCUUGGUCAAAAAACUAUGAACUGUUCCUUUUCAGUAGCAGUUCUGCUAUGACAUUUGGCAUUUUGGUGAAAUAAGUUUUCUAAGCAUAAUGUGUUCAUGUUAUGAUGCAUGAAAUCUUAUAAUAAUGCAAAAAUAAUGCCGGUAUUUUGUUUCACUAGUUUCCUAUUUCGACUUAUAGAAGGAAAGCAAU